UGAACGUCGAUAAACAAACUAAACUACCAUAAAUGCGUCUCGGUAAAUUAUGCAACCUGGUGUGGUUGCGGAAGAAUUGGCCCUGUCUUACAUACAAGUCCUACUGUUCUAACUCAAAGUCAAUUUUCAUUACGACGCCGAUCUUUUAUGUCAAUGCUGCGCCACACAUUGGUCAUCUCUACACAGCCUUAUUAGCUGAUGCUACCGCCCGGUUCUACCGUCUUCAGGGAAAGGAUGUCGUGCUCUCCACUGGAACUGAUGAGCAUGGAUUGAAGAUUCAAGCUUCUGCAGCAAAGCAUAAUAAAAAUCCAAAGUUAUAUUGUGAUGAAAUAUCCUCUCAGUUCAAGGCGCUGUUUGAUCGAGCUGGUGUGUCCUAUAACCACUUUAUAAGAACAACAGAUAAAACGCACAUCAGAGCUGUUCAACACUUUUGGGAAACUUUGGUGAGGAAAGGUCAUAUCUACAAAGGGCAGUAUGAGGGCUGGUAUUCUGUGUCUGACGAGGAGUUCCUCAGUGAGGAGGAGGUGUGUGUUCAGAAGUUGGAGUCUGGAGAAACUCAAAAGGUCUCCGUGAGCAGUGGACAGCCUGUUGUGUGGAUGGCUGAAGAAAACUACAUGUUCCGACUAGCCAGCUUUGGACCCCAGCUGAGGGAGUGGCUAAAUUCUGGAGUUAUCUAUCCUAAAGAAAAAAGAAAUCAAGCUGAAAUGAUUCUGAAAAACUUACAAGAUUUAUCGGUAUCCCGGAGUAGAUCCAGGCUCUCCUGGGGAAUCCCCGUUCCUGGUGAUUCCUCCCAAACAAUUUAUGUGUGGUUGGAUGCCCUGAUAAAUUACCUAACAGUGGCGGGAUUUCCUGAUGACCUACAGAAUUGGCCGGCAGACAUUCAGAUAGUAGGGCAGGACAUCAUCAAAUUCCAUGCUGUGUUCUGGCCUGCAUUUUUGAUAGCUGCAGGUUUAGAUUUACCCAAACAGAUUGUCUGCCAUGCCCAUUGGACAGUGGAUGGUUAUAAGAUGUCCAAAAGUAGGGGCAAUGUGGUGGAUCCUCAGGAGCGGAUGAAUAAACUGACAGAGUCUGGGUUCCGAUACUUCCUCCUGAAAUCUGGGAAUACCUUCACAAAUUGUAAUUAUAAUGAUGAGGUUGCCAAGGAGUUGAUAAAUGCUGAGAUUGUGAACACCUACCUCAACCUACUGUCCAGGUCCUCCUCUAAGUCUAUAAACAAACAGGCAAUUUUUCCAUCAUUUGAUGAAGGUGACUUUCAGACCUUCUUCACAGAAGAGGAAAGGGACAUGUUCAAUAAUUUACCUACUCUAACAGAAACCUGCACCACUCAUUACCAAGGGCUGCUGUGUUACAAAGCAAGUGAAGCCAUCUUUGAAUACAUCAGAUGGAGUAAUAAACUGUUCAACGACCAUGAACCAUGGCACAUGUGCAAGGAACCAGCCAAUGACAAACAUUUAAACUGUUUACUGCAUGUUACCAUGGAAACAUUACGUGUGUGUUCCAUUCUUUUACAACCACUGAUACCAGAUAUAGCAGCUCAAGUGUUAGAUAGACUUGGAGUUAGUGAGGAUGACAGACUGUUUAGACAUUGUAAGGAAAGGAGACAAAGUCAUCGGGAUCAAGACCAUCGCCUCAAAGUUCAGAAAAACCACAUCAUGGACAGAAUUAAGUAGAUGUUCAGAGAAUGUUUCUUUUGUGAAGUCAUGAAUUCAUUGGUGUUUGAUAGACAAGAUUCAGCUGAGCUUGAUGAUAGGGUAUAUCUGUACCACAGUAUGUCUCUGUGUCAACUUGAUUUUGAUGGAAAAUAAAUGAUAUUCUGGUUUUAAUAAUGAAUGCUA